ACGUGACUUGGAUUUCGGCCAGCCUUCUUCCGGGGCGUAAUUUUCGGUAUAUAAAGUUAAGCGGCAGCAAGCCUCUCUAAUAAUAGUUCUCAGCUGUAGCGAGACCUGCUCAAAGACCAGCCCCUUCUCUCCGACUGCCAUUCCAAAAGUCGCAAUCAUGAACUUCUUACAAUUCCUCAUGAAGAAGAAAGAACUUAUUCCUUUGAUCACAUUUAUAAGUAUUGCUGGAGUGGGAGCAGUUUCUAUGUCCAUGUACUCCUUUUUCAAAAGUGAUGUGAUUGUUAACAGAUGGCAAAAUCCAGAACCUUGGGAAAAUGUGAAUCCUAGCAAGCCUCAAAAGCUUGUCACAAUUAACCAAAGAUGGGAACCUAUUGAAGAGUUGCAGACUGUCAAAAAGAUGACCAAAUGAAGAGUUUUCCUUCUAAAUCACACUCUGAAUAUAGUGGAAACAUUUCUGCACAAACUAGACUGCUGAAACCAGUGUGCAGAAUUGCUUCUGCUACAUUUUUAGUAUCUCCCUACACUUAUGGGCUGUACAUAGGAAAUUCCAAUUUGCCCCAGAAGUGGCAAGCAAGUCGGUCCAAAAAAAUCCUCAUAUUUGCUGUCUUGUAAAGGUGAAUUUUAUAUCAUGUAUGUAGCUCAUUACAAGUAUUUAUGAAGAUUUUUUUUUUUGCAAGCAUUUGUACUUAAGUGUUCUUUUGGUGGCAAAAGUAUAAUUGUUUGUAAGAAAUUAUCCAAGUAGACAAUCUAAAAUGCUGCUCUACAAUUUGAAUUUUCAUUUUCUUAAAUAAGAACUUUUCACACCUUUCUAGUUGGAAUGUAAAGAUUAUUACAUACACUCUAAUAGAGCUAUUACAUAACUUUAUUUUGGGGAUCUUUGAUUUUGUUGGGGUCUGUACAGACAUACCUUAGAAAUUGGUUCAGAAGUUCCAGACUACUGCAAUAAAAGCAAAUAUCUCAAAGCAA